UUCAACUCGGCUUUACCCCGCUGUCCAGGCCCCAAAGCUACUACCUACCUACCACGAAGCUUUCUUUUUCUUCAGUAUCAUUCCACUUUCUUCCUCUGUCAUUACACCAUCAAAGACAACCAACAAACAACCAAACGCCAAAAAUUCACGUCAUCAUGUCUGCCCCAGAGUCCCCCGAGUUUGUCGCAGCCCAGGAGGCCGCCAAUUCUUUCACCAAGAAGCCCACCAACGACGAGCUUCUGCGCCUCUACGCUCUUUUCAAGAUUGGCAAGGGCUUCAACGUCGACGAGGCUGAGCAGCCUGGAAUGUUCAACCUCCAGGGCAAGGCUAAGUUGAACGCCUGGAAGGCCGCUGUCGAGGAGGGCAUCACCGACCCCGCCGAUGCGCAGGAGAAGUACGUUGCGUUUGUUGAGUCACUCAAGCCCAACUACGCUUGAUUCCAACAAGACUCUUGAGUAAAUUAGAAGAUGGCGCGCGCUGCGAGUGUAAUACAUGUUGCUAGAGACACAUGACUUGCGUUAGAAUGCCGUUUAGCAUGAAGCAUAAAUAAAGAAAUUGUUC